AUGGCUCCUCCAACAUUCUCAAACAUGCAGGAUCCCAGCGGCCAUGGGGCUGUGGACCCGCAAAUCGCCAUGCAUAAUAACGCAUCAGGUGCCGUGGACGCUUCUGCAAAUCCUCAUCUCGACGGUCAAAAUCCGAGUAUCAAUCCGUUUGCAACUUCCCUUGCCGAUGAGUACCUCGCUUUGAUACACGACGGAGACCUCAACUUCCCGCCACCCAGUUCCCAGGAUACAAUAACUGCGGUGGAUGCAGGGGCCCAACAAACCCACGGAGAGAUUAUAGCAGGCCAGAACUCCCUAUGGGGAGGUAUGAUCGAUCACAAUCGAGACCAACAAGAAGCCAGCCUGCGUUACUGGGAUCCCCCACAUUUCGCUGAUUUCCAUAGACAUAGUUAUUCUCAUGUACGGACAGCGCCUGUUCAACCACCGGGGUCGUUGUUUCCAAAUAGUCACCAGAUCGCAGUGCAGCAGAGAUCCAAUUUACAGCCCUCAGGACCACAAAACGUGACAGCGCCAGCUUACCAAAUGAUGCCACAAAACUCGAUCAAUAGUCCCGCACAGUUAGAGACUCAGCAUUACGCAAGUGUGGGAUAUCGACCUGUCUAUUCUCAGCCAACUUACACCCGUCCCAAUCCCUAUAUGCCAUUCCCGCAAUGGGGCGUCUCACCGGUGACCAACCAGCCCAGACGGCAUCAUCGGACGCAGAGCUCCUCUUCCACUGCAAGCUCAGUGCCGGGGCAGCAGCAAGCUCCGUCUGUCGGCCAGACUGCACGUCGACGCACGCGCCCUGCAGAUGUAGCGAAUCCGCAGCUCCCACGUCGCCUCUCGACUUCUCAAGUGCCCAGAGUACCAGCCGUGACGACUGCCACAAGCUCCAAUCCUACGAUGGCGAUGGGAGCACCGCAUUAUUUCACAUAUCUCACGCCGGAAGAUCAUGUUCAGAUCCAACGAUUGGCGGAGCUGCAAGCAUACACGAGCAGUAUGCGCACUGGUGGUGCCGUUCAUGGGAGCCACCGACAGCACUCGCUGAAUGACGAUGGCAUCGUUGAUCGUGCGCCACCGACUCCCAAAGGCCUCGAUGACGUGACGGAUGGUCGUCCCGCGCCCAAAGAAGACAAUGAAUUGACCGUCAACCUCGAAUGCAAGAUCUUCGACUCGAUCAAAAUCGGGUCAAGGGACGGCCCCUUUGCCCUAUGUGUCGUGGAGUCGUCAAAUCCAAGAUGCGAAUCUACUUGUCCUGACACCGCAAGCUGCCUUAAUAUGCCUGGUCUUACUUCCUACUACGAUCCUUCCAACUGCCGCCCGGGCUAUCCUUAG